AUGCUUGCCUUGCUUGAAUGUCUAUUUGGGACCCCAUUGCACGCGGCUGCUCUUCACAAGCAAGAUGACGUAGUGAAGAUUUUGUUAGAGCACCAUGCUGAUCCUAAUAACUUCUGCAAAGUUGGUGGUUAUACACCACUGAGCGUGGCCAUACGUCCUACACCUUCAUUUUCAUUGGAAUGCGUGAAGCUGCUCAUUAAGGCUGGUGCUGAUGUGAAUUUCAUUGACUCCGCUGGUGUUGCUUGUGUGAUGGUGGCUGCGGAGUAUGGCUUACCUGGCAUCAUGAAGUGCUUAUUAGAUGCUGGUGCUAACCCCAAUGUCACAAGCAGAUUUGGUGCAACUCCAAUUGAAGUCGCUGCCCUUAAAGACAGAAGGGAAAUUGUCAAAAUGUUAUUUCCUUUGACUUCUCCUAUUCCAACGUUGCCAGAAUGGAGUAUUGAUGGUAUCAUUUCUCAUAUGAAAUCUUUUGGUUUGAAGCCGUUGGAUGAACAUCAGUAUGAAAAGAAAAAAUCUGAGCUAAAAUUACAAGCUACAGAUUCUUUUAAGAGAAAUGACUAUUUGACUGCAGGAUGGUUGUAUUCAGAUUGCAGUGGUGCACUCAGUGCUAUAUCAUUUUUGGUAAAACUUUUGUCAUUGGAUACUUAG